UAAUAGCAUAUAAAACUACAUAUAACAUCCAAUAUAUAUUGCACUAUUAUUAUCCUUUCUCUCUGCAUCAUCUAUAUAUCUUCAAGAAUAAUCUCCAAUACAUUAGGUUCUUUUCAACUUUAUAUGUGUGAUCCUUCAAGAGUUUUAGCACCUUUUGAUAUUGUGUUGAUUGAUCACCCAAUCAAAGCAUGUCUGGAGGGUUAUUUCUUGAGGAUUUUAUGAUGAUCUCAUGUUGGAAUUUAUAGACAAGGUUGAAUUUUUAAUGGAUAUAGUGAAUGCUACAAAAGAAAGUCGUAACAUGAUUUUCUGUCAACUACUGAAAGUUAUUUUGCUUUAGUUUUUAAGGAUUUGGAGGUAAUAAGAGGCUCUGACUAUACAUUAAAGCUCGUAAACUGACAACAAACCAUUGGAGAAGAUGAGGAGAGCUUUGGUCAAAUCUUUUGGAUUAAUACACUCUGCUUUUCAAAAUCGUGGAGCAAAUAGACUGAUUUUUAAUAUAAACCCGAUGUUAUUUGAUGUAACGUAUGAUGUCGAUGUAUGUAAAUAUGCACAUCCUUCACAUAUGUUUUCCAGAGCAAUCUCUGCUGAUGCUGCCAAAGUAAACUAUGAAGAAGUGAGAAGAAGUGGGCCACUUGUAGAGUAUGAACGUAGAAUAAGUGCUGGUGAACUCGAAGACGGCGAUAAUUGUCAGAUAGGCACCUUAAAGGAAAUUCAAAGACUCUAUGAUGAGCUUUGUAACUCGGUUCAUGCUUGUCAUUUGGAUCGUUAUUCUGAUCCUGAGAAAACCGGCAGGAGUAGGUGGUUAUGGUCUCGUUUUAUACCUCAAUCUUCGGUUUCACCAGUCAAAGGGCUCUAUCUUUAUGGUGGAGUUGGCACCGGAAAAACCAUGUUGAUGGAUUUAUUUUUUGAUCAAUUACCUUGCAAUUGGAGGAGAAAGAGGAUUCAUUUUCACGACUUUAUGUUGAACGUUCACAGUCGAUUGCAGAAGCACAAAGGAGUAUCCGACCCCCUCGAAGUUGUUGCAGGAGAGAUCUCUCAUGAAUCUAUCUUGCUAUGUUUAGAUGAAUUCAUGGUUAAUGAUGUAGCCGAUGCUUUAAUAUUAAAUCGCUUAUUUAAACAUCUUUUUUCUAAUGGUGCUAUACUAGUUGCUACAUCAAAUCGUGCUCCUGAUGGUCUUUAUGAACGGGGAUUGCAAAGAGAUCUUUUUUUACCUUUCAUUUCCACACUUAAGGAAAGAUGCAUAGUACAUGAAAUUGGUUCCUCCGUAGACUAUAGAAGAAGGACCUCGGCCGAAGAAGGCUUUUACUUUAUACAAAGUGGUACAUCCGAUUUCCUUAUGCAAAAGUUUAAGGAGUUAAUUGGGGAACACAGGGCUUGCCCUCAAGAGGCUGAAGUUGUUAUGGGAAGGACACUCCAGGUACCGUUGGGUGCUAAUGGGUGUGCAUAUUUUCCUUUUGAGGAACUCUGUGACAAACCACUUGGUGCUGCCGACUAUUUCGGGUUAUGUAAGAAAUUUCACACCCUGGUAUUGGAUGGAGUCCCGAUGUUUGGGCUACGGAACAGAACAGCAGCAUAUCGGUUUGUCACUUUGGUUGAUGUUAUGUAUGAGAACAAAGCCAGGUUGAUGUGUACUGCUGAGGGGACUCCUUUUGAUCUUUUUGAAAGGAUUGUCACGAUUUCGGAUGCACCACCUAGAACCUCUUCGAGGUCAAGAAAAAAUGACGACUUUGACCUUUGUGUUGACAAUGAAUUGGGCUUUGCAAAAGAUCGUACCAUCAGUAGAUUGACAGAGAUGAACAGCAAAGAGUACCUUGAGCAGCAUACCGAAAUGAUAGCAAACAAACAGAUUUAUAAUCAAAUGGAUGAAAACAAUAAUGAGAAUGUGGUGCAGGCCUAACCAGCCCACACGAGUGAUCGUGAAAUUAGUAUUUAUCCAACUCGAGCCUCUUUUUGUAUUUUAAGUUUGUACUAUAGGUAGCCUGCUGUAUUUGAUCAAAUACCUGAUUGUAUAAGAUUAGAAGUUGGACCGUUUCUUCGGUCGCAUUUGUUAAUAAUAUACAAGUUAUGCCAUGUAUUUUUCUA